AUGACAAGGUCUUUUCAAGAUAAAUUAAUUGAUUUGAACUCUGAGAUUGAGAGAACUUGUCGUACUAACCGUAAGAAUCAAAAGCACCAUAAAAUUAGGGAUAGUGUGAUUUCUGAAAUUUUGUCUGAAUUGAUUGAUAGCAUUAUUAGUGAUUCUAAAUCUGACUUAGACUCUACAGUUAAGUUGGAAAAUAUGGCUGAAAAUAAUAAUGGAGAGGACCCGAAUAGGCACUUGAAGGAAUUUCAUAUUGUGUGCUCCACCAUGAAGCCUCAAGGAGUUUCAGAAGAGCAAAUCAAAUUGAGGGCUUUUCCUUUUUCAUUGGAUGGAGUGGCAAAAGAUUGGUUGUAUUACUUGCAACCAGGUGCCAUUACAUCUUGGGAUCAAAUGACACAGUUAUUCUUGGAAAAAUUCUUCCCUGCCUCUCGCACAGCAGCAAUAAAAAAAGAUAUUUGUGGGAUUCGUCAGAUGACUGGGGAGACAUUUCAUGAAUAUUGGGAGAGAUUUAAGAAAUUAUGUGCCAGUGCCCUCACCAUCAAAUACCAUCAAAUACCUGAUCAACAGCUGGUUCAACAUUUUUAUGAAGGUCUCUUACCAACAGAUAGGUGGUUUGUCGAUGCCGCAGCUGGUGGUGCUUUGGUAGAACUUACUCCAACUGAUGCCAUGAAUCUCAUUUCUAAGAUGGCACAAAAUUCUCAACAAUUUGGGACGCGAGCUAACCAAGCAGUCAAAGGGGUGAAUGAGAUUCAAACACCACAAUAUGAUCCUAAAUUUGAGAACAAGAUGGAGGAGCUCUCUAGCAUGUUGGAUGAUAGAGUUGAGAAUUGUGCUGGGAUUUUUCCAACUAGACCUAUGCAACAGGGCCAAAAAUAUGAUCCUUUUUUAACACUUAUAAUCCUGGGUAGAGAAGAUCACCCUAAUUUCAGAUAUGGAGGAAGUCAACAACACCAAUAUAAUGCUACAAGUCAAAAUUCACAGCCUAUGCAAGCAAUGAGGCAAUCUACUCCUAUUCAAGGGUCUAAAAAUGAUGGACCAAGUCUGGAAGAAUUAAUGAAGCAAAUGGCAACUAAUAACAUUCAAUUUCAACAACGCACUGAGACAGUAAUCCAAAAAUUGGAGAAUCAAAUUGGGCAGUUGUCCACCUCCGUUAAUGAAUUGAAGAGUCAAGGUUCUGGAAAGUUGCCGUCUCAAACAGUUGUAAAUCCUAAUUGCAGUAAUGUUAGUGCCAUCACUCUUAGAAGUGGAAAGGAGCUUCCAGAGCCCUCCAUAACAUCUAUCAAGAAUAAGUCGGCUGCAGCAACACAAGUCACACUUGAGGAGUCUAAUAAAGAAAAGGAACCAAGGAAGAUCCUUCCAUUUCCAAAUAGGGAGACUCAAAGCAAGAAGUUAAAGGAAGUUGAAUUGGAGAAAGAAGUGCUUGAUGUUUUCAAGAAGGUUGAAGUCAAUAUUCCCCUUUUGGAGGCAGUAAAGCAAAUUCCUAAAUAUGCAAAGUUCUUGAAAGACCUAUGCACGAACAAGAGAAGAUUUAAAGCUAAUGAGAAGGGUUGUGAGAUGAAGCCAGCCGGGAUUAUUGUGCAAUUAGCAGACAGGAGACUUGCCUAUCCUAAUGGUAUGCUUGAAGACAUUCUAGUUAAGGUAAAAGAUUUAGUCUUUCCUGCUGAUUUUUAUAUUUUGGAUAUGGGUAAAGAUGAUAGUCAUGGGCCACCACCACUGAUUUUGGGUAGGCCAUUUCUUAAGACAGCUAAUACUAUCAUUAAUGUUAAAGAUAGUACUCUUUCCAUGGAAUUUGCAGGAUGUGUUGUUCAAUUUAAUCUUUUAGAGGCUAUGAAACAUCCUAUAAGGAUCAUUCUGUUAUUAAUGUGA